UGUGUUUGACUGCACUGAUCUCGCCGGCUUAUUUCCUAGAUGUUGUAUUUGAAGAUAAAACCAGGAACAAAACUCUUUGUCAUUAAAGAGAGCAGCAGUCAUUAAAAGUUUUCACAUACCAUGUCAGGGAUUGCUUUUGGGCGUCUGGCAGAGGAGAGAAAGGCGUGGAGGAAAGAUCACCCAUUUGGUUUUGUAGCCAAACCUGUCAAGAAUCCUGAUGGUUCUUUAAACUUAAUGAAUUGGGAGUGUGCAAUACCUGGGAAGAAGGGGACAAUAUGGGAGAAUGGGUUGUACAAGUUAAGGAUGCUAUUUAAAGAUGACUAUCCAUCUUCACCACCUAAAUGUAAAUUUGAGCCUCCACUGUUUCAUCCCAAUGUCUACCCCUCUGGUACAGUGUGUUUGUCUUUACUGGACGAAGAAAAAGAUUGGAGACCAGCAGUGACAAUAAAACAAAUAUUGCUUGGCAUCCAAGAGCUGUUAAAUGAACCAAACAUAAAGGACCCAGCCCAGGCGGAGGCUUAUACCAUUUAUUGCCAAAACAGAAAUGAAUAUGAAAAGCGAGUGAAAGAACAAGCAGCCAAAUUUAGGGACCCCUCCCUUACGUAGGAGACUAUGUACUCUGUACGAAGACAUUUGAAGACAAUUGAAGUGAAUUUUACAAGUAUAAAUUGAAAAAUAUUUAGCAGCAUUUUCUUCUUGUCUGGCUGUACCUUGCAGUUGUGUAUUAUUGGGAACAUCAAACAGUAUCAAGGCAUGACAUGCUAAAGUAUAGAAGUUUUGUGCAAUGUUGAUGGGUGACAAAUGUAACCCAGUUUGCUGCAUGAAAUAGGUGCCUAAAUCUCUAGAAAUAGUGAACUUAAUAGGCUUUUCUAUGACAGAUGGGCCUUUGUAAAUUGGAGGUUGUAGCAGAGGGAUCAAGUGUUUUCACAUCUCCAGUGGCAACUGUGGGUAGUUAAAAAUGAAAAUCAGUGUUACAAUUACUCCUGGGGUCCUUUCCUACAAAAGAACAUAAGUGGAUGGUAGAUCAAGACUAAAAGCUGGAAUCUUGAGUCCAUUUUGAUUUAUCUUUAACUGCAAAUGGAGACCUAGUGUAUACAGUCUCAUACAUGAGCCAUUUCGUACUUGUGAAACGGGCAAAGUAUUUUUAUUCAGUGACUAGAUUUAUUAUGGGGCUAAGUGAGUUGCUCUUAAAAUUUGACCAGUUUGACAGAAGUGCUUUUAUGGAAUGGGCUCUAUGCUGCUUUUGAAGGAUAAAACUUCAAAAUGCUAUUUAGUAACUUUUUAUACAUAAACUUCCUCAGUAUGCUGCAAAUUGGGACGUUUAAUUCGAACCAAAAAAUUUCUGGGUACAAUAUUUCUUACUGUAGUCCCUUUUACCAUUUUUAUUUAAAAAUCAUUUGUAGAGAGCAACAGGCAAUACUGUCUUUAACUCUUGUACAGAAAUAGACUAUACGACUGAAUAAAUAUUUGACAAGUUAGAGGAAAGUGCAGUCACAUCGUAAACUGAAAUACUUGUGGUGACUAAAGCCAACAAUUGUUUACCAAGUUAUACUACAGUAACAUUUCUUUUGUAAUAAAAAAACGGGUAUCA